AAUUUGCGGAAUUAAUUAGAUUUAUUGUGGAUCGCGUUCGCAAGGUAAGUGAUGUAACCUCUUUUCUAGAUUUAUCAGCAAACUAUAGGUAUGUUUUACGAAUCGAAUUAUUCAUGAUUUCGAAUUUGAUGCAUGGAUUAUAUGUAUAUUUUUAGAAUAUUGUAUGACUCUGAUUGAACGUAUUUGCUUCUGAUUUGAAUUGUGUUUAAUUGCUCUGAUAUUGUACUUUUCGGCUUGGAACACUGAACAUAAUGUAAAAAAAAGAUAAAGACGUGAAAUAGAUUUAGACUUGCAGUCGGGCUAUGUUGAGGACCCUGUCAAUGGGGGCUAAUACAUUGGUACCGCAAGAAGAAUAGUCGGUGAUAUGACCCUGCCACAGGAAACAUGUGGCCAUAGUUUCUGGCUGUUGAGUUGAAUCUGAUAAAUUGAAAUAACAUAAGAUAUGAACAAUAUUUGGUUUUGACACUGCAUGUUUUCAUGACUGAAUUAUGAAAUAGAGAACUAAUUGAACUUCGACCUGGCUAUGUUGAGGACCCCGCCGAUGGGGGCAGAUACGUUGGCAAUUGAUUAUCCUGAAGGACUCACCGCAAGAAGAUUAGUCGGUGUUGAUGACCUUGCCAUAGAAACAUGUGGUCAUAGUCCAGGAUCGAUAAGAUGAAUUGAAUAUGUGAAAGAAUCUCGAAACCGUGAAUAGAAUCUUAUGAAUUCAAAACAUAUUGGACUUGUACUUUGGAACUGCAUUUAUAUUUAUUUUCCACAUAUUACUGCUUGAUUUAUCUAGUUAGAGUGUUCAUCACUUACUGGGAUGUCUAGCUCAUUAUACCAUCUCUUGUUGUUUUACAGAUUCCGAGAACUAGACUAUUGGGGAUUCAAAAUGGGAGAGCGACUAGAAGAAUUGUGGCCCAAAUUAUCUUAGAUUAGGGUUAUUUAAGUUGAAUUGAUUAUUAUGGACAUUUAUCAUGAUUAUUGGACUUUGCAAGGUUUUGUCAUUUUAAGAAUUAGGUUUCUGCAUGUUGGUCAAUUAUUGUUCCGUUGCGUAUUUAGAACUGUGAGACCUUAUGACUUGAAUCAGUCAAUGGAAUAAGAUUGCAUUUAUUCAGUUAAAUUAAUUUAGAUUUAUAAAAUUGAGAUGUUUGGUGAAGAUGCCUUGCAUGCUCGUGGGGAGAGUUUCCUACGGGUGUGUGGCGGUUGGCGCGACAUAAAUCUUAACAAAAAUAAGGUAACUUCUUUUCUUUUAAGAAUGCAUGCUAGUGAGUGGGGGCUUGAUUCUGGCUAAUGUGGAGCCAAUCAUGAAGGAAACUUAUUAUCAUUUCCAAAUAACCUGCUUUUAAAAUAUAAGAAUUUCCACUUGUCAAGACAACAUCAUCUAUUUAGUUCAAUGCUCUCUAAUAUACAUGUUCUCAUUCUUAUUAUACAUGACUUUCCUCUUUCCUCACUACUUUCCAUUUUUAAUAAUUUAACAGCCAGCAAUGCUUCUCUGAAGCAUCAAUGCGUCGACCAGCUGAUUUAUUAUCUCAUCUUACACAACAAUCAGAACAGUCAUGAAUGUUUUAUAUGAUGGCCUUGGAGAAGUUUUUCUUGCUGUACUGAAAAUGUAGAUACAUGGGAAGAAGUUCUUGAAGAUCUUGCUGAGGUAAUUAAAAGAAGCUCAGCAAGGUCCCGCAUGCAGGUUGAUAUAUCCAAUAUUAUGUGCCAGUUCUGGAACGUUUGUGAAUCUUAGUGCAGUAAUGCUUCGGCUUUGUGAACCCUUUCUAGAUGCAGCCACAACAAAAAGGGACAAAAUUGAUCCAAAAUAUUUAUGUUAUAACAAUCGUCUAGAAUUUAGACAAUUGACAGCAAUGCAUGCAUCAUCUGAAGAGGUUGCAGCAUGGAUAGGUAAUGAAAACUGCAAGAAGACUGAUGGGCAUGUCAACCGUGUAUUAGAAUCCCAAGAAGCUACCAGCUCUGGUAGUAAUAGUGAGAGUGUUGCCGUUUCUAAAGAAAAGCCAUUGAUGGGUUGUUCAAGAAAGAAUAAAUGUUCAUUUAUAUGCGAGUGUUUCUUUCUGACUGCAAGAGUACUUAGGAAAGCACUGUCAGACUUCAAACAUCUUGCUCAGAACAUCAGGACCUCGCUAGAGCAGGCCAACCUCAGUGAUCGGUUAGUGACUACUGCCGUCUCAAUCUCCAUUGGUGCCUUAACCAACAGCUCCCUCCAUCUCAAUCUGCUUGAUGCCUGAAGCUACCGAAUUCAUGAAUGAUCUUGUUAAGUUCCUUAAACAGUUUGCGAAUUCUAUAUAUAAAAACACUUUUACCCUUGCUUUAACCAACACCUACCCUCCAUCUCAAUCUACUUGAUGCCUGAAGCUACCGAAUUCAUGAAAGAUCUUGUUAAGUUCCUUAAAUAGUUUGCGAAUUCUAUAUAUAAAUCCACUUUUACCCUUGCUUUGCCACCGAUCCGUUUCAUACAUCCUUGGACUACGCUUUUGUUUCAUGGAAAAAGGCAACUCUUCGAUGCAACGUAUGAUGGUUUUCUAUGGACAUGGAGAAGAUCAGUGGACAAGAAAUCCAAAUAAUAAUUGAGGAGACUAGGUUGCCCUUUUGCUAGGCAAAAGGAAACUCCUGAACUCAUAAAAUCUUAUAUUAUAGAUCUCUAAAAGCAAGUGGAUGAUGUUGAAAGUGAGAGAACUCCCAAGAAGCAAGUUUCUAGUUGGUACGCUAGUAUUUGCUUAGUUUUGUUCAAUGAGAACCUCAAACCACCUGGGUAAAGGUAGUGUUCUGCAUUGGAGAAAAUUAGAAUCUGCUGCAAAUUUCUCUAUUGCACAAUAUUACUAACAUGAUCGUGUUGCUUCCAGUAUUGAUAAGAUUAUGCAACAAAACCAAUGUUACUUCAA